AUGUUUAGCUUGACGCUACUCCUGUGCAUAAUAACGGGUGUACGUAGCCAUGUUUCCAACCAAGAAGUGCAUAAGAGGGACAGCGAAACACAAAUCUCGUGGCAACAGAUCGGUGGGGCUUUGAAACAUGUUUCAAUUGGUCAAGCCGGCGUGUGGGGUGUCAACAGUGGUGACGUCAUCUACUAUAGAGUGAGCACAUAUGGCGACGAGGCUAAUCGGGGGUCUACUUGGGUUAGUAUAGGUGGGAGACUUAAGCAGAUCGAUGUUGGUCAGGAUGUUGCAUGGGGCGUCAACUCCAACGACAACAUCUACUAUCGUGCUGGCAUCUCGAAUGCAUCCCCCACUGGUACAUCUUGGGUUCAGGUGGCUGGAGCUCUGAAACACGUCAGCGUCAGCCAGAAUGGUCACGUCUGGGGCGUCAAUUCAAAUGACAAUAUAUACCACCGCAUCGCGGGAUCUAUUUGCUAUCCUGAGGGAAGCUGGAAACAAAUAUCAGGCAAGUUGAAGCAGAUCUCGGUGGGUGAUGCGGGAGUAUGGGGCGUCAACUCCGGUGAUAGCAUUUACUACCGUGUGGGAACCUUCGGUGAUCCUGCGUCAGAUCCUAACGGUUCAACCUGGGAACGAGUCCCUGGUGCUUUGAAAUACGUCAGUUCAGCGACAGGGAUCUUCGGAGUCAAUGCUGCUGAUGUUAUCUACACUCGUGAGGGUAUAUCUGCUUCCAACCCAACCGGCAGCCAAUGGCGGUCCCUUCCCGGCAGAUUGAAGCAAAUUGAGUCCCUGUCCUCGGUUGUUUGGGGCGUCAACUCAGGCGAUAACAUCUACGUUACCGAUUCAGACUAA